GCAUGGAUGAAAGGUAUUUAGAGAUUCUUAAUUAGGACAUGAAAUAUGUUUGAUCAAUGGGAAUUUAUACAUUCAGAGAACGAAAGUUUAUCUAACUCCUCUCAUAAGUCAUUAAACGCGUCAGAACCUUUAAAACCUGCAGUUGAUGAUCGGGCGUCUAUAAAAAGCUUAGGUUCUCCAACCUUUGAUUCAGGUUCACCCAUCAGACGAUGCGUCUCUUUUAAAUUGAGCACUCCAAAGAGUACUCUAGGCAAUGAAUGGAAAGGACGAGAAGAUAUACAAAGAGACGUGACUUGGAUUAAACAAUGCAACAAGAAUGAGAUUAUGGAACGAGCAGAAAUUUGUAUGCGUGAGCUUCAAGCUUAUUCGGCCUUCGCAGACAGACUUUCACAGCAAACAAGUGAAAUUAAGCAGACGUUAUCAUCGAUAAAAAAUACUUUCUUAACAUCAGAACAAAAAUUAAAUGAGUUUUCCCAGACAUGUGACACGUUGGGAACUGAAGAGGAAGCAUUUGCCAGACUUGCUGUUGAUAUUGAUCAUGGCUUAUCGUAUUUUGCUCCAUUGAAGGAAUUGACUCGUGUUUUCCGUCACCCACCGUCAGACUUAGUGUCAAGAAGUUCUUUCCGCGACCAUGUUCUUCAAAUAAACAAAUGUAUCCAGUUUUUGGAAGAAAAUAUGGAUUUUCAAGAGAGCGAUGUUUAUUUGACUCAAUAUAAACGGCUUCUGACUCAAGCAUUCACAAUGUUUAAAAAUCAUUUCUUUCGCCUUAUCAAAGUAGCUUCUGAUCAAAUCAUACAGAGCGCAAAAACUAUGCAAGUAGACAAACAGCUUGAAAGCUCAUUGUUCUAUUCUCGUUUUAGUGCAAUUGCACUUCAGCUUCGACCGUUACUCAGAGAGUUUAAAAAGAGCAGUUCAGAAGACACAUCUAAUCUUACUGCAUUCUAUGACUAUUAUUUACAAACCCGUAUGCGCUUGCUUCAGCCUGUUCUAAGCAGUCAGUUAAGGAGUUUUUUCUUGGAAAAAUCAAUUACCUCUUUUAUUCAAAAAUCUUUAGCUCUCUUACAGCUUACUUUCUAUGACGAAAGCAGGCUGUUUACUGAGUUUUUUGAUGAAACAAAUGAAAACUUUACGGAUUAUUGGCAGGAAUUGUGUGAAACCUUUUACGAAGGUUCCAGGUCGAUGAUUCUACGCGAGAAAAACUUGACAGAUUUGUGUGAAGUUUGUUCGUACAUACGCUCUUUUCAAAGUUCUAUCGUCGAGGGCGAUCGGGAGGACAUCGGUAAAGAACUUGCGACACAUCUAAGCCCAGUGGUAUCUGAGCUUCAAAAUAGAGUGUUAUUCCUAGUACAAGCAGCUAUUGAUUCAGAGAUCCAAAAUUAUACACCAAACGACGAAGAUUUAUUCCCCAACAUAAAUAAGGAAGCACAAUUGUUUAAUUUAGAAAAUCUAGGAUUAAACGAUGCCGAAGAGAAAGUGAACGUAAACGUACCCGAGCGACUUGCGAUGGCACAAGGUUGGUACCCUGUUGUUCAAAAAUCCUUAAUAACUCUAUCCAGAAUUUAUCGUCUCCUUGAUUCUAACGUGUUUGAUGAUAUUGCACUCGAAAUCAUACACGCUUGCAUUGGGUCAUUAAUGGAAGCUUACAAGUACUUUAGCAAUAAGAAUGAUCCGCAAAUUGCCAGACUUUUUUUGAUAAAAAAUUUUUUGGUUUUGAAGGAGCAAUUGAGUUCGUUUGAGAUUCAAUAUGCUCAUAUUCAAGCUGGUGUCGACUUUAAGAGGAUAUGGGAUAGCGUACGUGAAUGGCGCUCAAAUCUUCGAGGGAUUAUACAAUUGGUAUAUGAAACAUUUCCUAAAUUUAUAAAUAACAUGGUGGAUACCCGACAAGAGUUGAACCAACAGCUACGAAUCGCAGUAAAUGGAUAUAUCGAGUCAGCGGCUGAGUCUAUUACAAAUGUCUUGAAGGCAGGUGAUCCAAAGAGCAUUAGUGAAUUUUUGCAUCAACUGGACAAGGUAGAGGACUUACACGAGCAAAUUUCCUCUUACUUAACGGAACCAUGGAUUGAAGGGCUGCUUUUGCAAGCUGUUUUUGAGGAAAUUGCUAGGCAUUUCCAAGAGUUUUAUAGCACGCUAUCCAAUGAAGACCUUCGAACUCUGGAGAUGAAUCUUGGAACUGACCAAAACUUAUCAAAAAGCAUGGAAGACUACCUGAAUGACAUAGCUAUGCCUUUUCAACGCUUAAACGAAUCCAAACAUAAUGACAGGGCUUAAAUACUGAAAUGUUUACAUAUUUUAUUUACCUAAUUGAGUUCACAAAAAUAAUAGAGAAUGAGAUUUAUAAUGCCUUCUUUUUUUUAUGUUUACUGUCAUCUGUUAUUACUUUAUACUU